AUGUCUGAGCCUUCCAAUCCCCCCACCAGUGGUUGGCGCAUUCCCAAGGCCUGCCAAGAGUGCCGGAAGCGCAAGAUCCGCUGCAAUGGUCUAAACCCAUGCAAAACCUGCCAGCAAAGAAACACACCGUGCAUCUAUCGAGAUUUUAUCCGGCACCGGCGGAAGAAGCAUGAAUACCAAGAGGCGGCGCGUCCCGAAGACCAGCCGCGCAGAGCCUCCCCAGGCUUGCCGCAGCCACCGCGGCAGCGGAGUUCCUCAUUCAUGCAUGAUUUCCCCAAUAGCGUCUCGGCCACCCACAUGGCCUCGCCAUCGUGCCAGAUGCAGCUCUAUUAUGGGCCCACCUCGCAUUUUGCCCUGAUGCAACAUAUCUACCGGGACCUGGUCGCCAACCCGACCGCCCAGCCCGCACCGUCCAGCGGCGUGGAAGAAGCCAGUGCAGGCUUGGAUCUAUUCAGUUUUCGCCGAAUCUUCUUUGGAACCCCGGAUAAUCAUGAAGCGGGGAAACCGGCGGGCGUGGGAGAUGUCCCCGUCAUGUUCCUCCCAUAUGAUCUCGCCAAGACGUUCCUCUCACGAUACCUCUCGAGUCUGUAUCAUAUGAUGCCGCAUCGCCCCCAAAGCUACUAUGAACGAUGCCUGGAACGACUAUAUGAUCCCUCCCCGACGGCCCAUCCGGACACGCUCACCCAGGCCAACAUUCUGAUCGUUCUCGCAACCGCAGCGCUCGGUACAGAAUACUUCCCCUGGGGGGACGUUCUGUACGAUCGUGUCAAAGCGUCCAUGAUAUCGUAUGAUGAUGUCGUGAACCUGCAAACCAUUCAGAUAUCGCUAACGUUCUCUUACGCCAAUUUCCAGAAUGAGCAAGGCCGUCCCAACUCGGCAUUCCUCCACCUGGGCUCUGCGGCCCGGAAAGCUCUCUCCGCAGGUCUGCACAAGGAUGUACCAAAUGACAACAUCGAAACUCCCGAAACCAUCGAGGAGCGGCGAACCACCUUCUGGUCACUGUACAUGUUUGAGACAUGGUUCUGCUUUCAUGUGGGCCGACCGAGCUCACUUUCAUUGCGCGACGUCGCCAUUGAAUUUCCUCAAGACCCCUUCAUUCGACUAUUAGUUCAGCUGUGCAAGACAAUCUCACGCUCGACAAUCGAAAUCUACAGCGAAAAUCAUGAGUCUCUGUUGCACAUGUGGCGAGUGGCUCGUUCUAUCACAGAAGAUCUGCGCGCCAAUGAGUCCUACAUGAAGCAGGCCCUGGGGUUUGGGCUAGAUGCGGGUAUUCAAACAGGCUCGUUGGGCGUAAGACAGACAAUAUAUACAACAUUAUAUUACCAUACACUUCUGCUCACAUAUCGGCCUUUUCUUAUCUUUCGCGGUCAUUGGCGACGUGACAUGAAAAUUCCACCCCAUCAGCAGGGCAAACGAGAGUCGAGUCAUCACAAGGAAAUUCCGUCGUGGCUGAAUGAGGCCUGUAACCAGGCCCUGACCGCUGCAAGGAAGACGAUCCACCAUCUAUGCGAGGCCUCUCGGGCGAACGACCUUGUCAAGGAACUGCGGUACCAUGGUUACUUCAUGGGCAGCUCAGCCUUUACUUUAAUAUAUGACCUCCUGAAUGACCCAGAGAGUGCCGCAGGUAACCUACCCUGGGUAUAUGCCACUUUGCAAAAUCUAUCCAUCAUGCGGGCAGGCGACCCCAUCAAAAGCUCAAUCGCCGCCAUACAAACAGUCUUGAGCAACAUCAACCCUUCCUACGAAUGGCUUCCCUACCCGAGUGAAGCGGAGAGGUAUCCUCGGCAACAUGGAGAUUCCACGGCGAUCUCGCAAUUUCCUCAAAACAUCGGCGGACAGCAGGUCUCCAAUAGGGCGUUUCCAUCAGACGCACAGUUUGGCCGACUUCCCGACUUACCUGCAUCUCAAUGGAACUUCCCCUUGGAGGCCCCAGAAACUGGAAGAUCAGGCGGCUCUAGUGAGGAUCUCCUGGACUUUACCCAAUCCGAUAUGGGAUGGAAUUUCGACUUUUCGACUAUGGAUAUAGAGGCGUUCUUUUCUGUUUAUCCGUCCAUGGACACUUUGCUUCCCCGGGAGUUCGGACAUCAAUAG